UAUUUGUGAUAGGUAUCCUUCUACAAUACAUACAGUCGCUCUGCCAAACAGGAGCAGAGAACUCUUAUCUUUGCAUAAUAACGUCUGCUCUUAAAGAAGAUUUAAAAGCAAAUACAUUUCUUUUAUUAAACUGGCAAAGCGAACUGUUGCUCUCAGUAAGAAAAGAUAGACUGCAUCGUUUAAUUCCAAUGUUUAUAUCUGCUUAGACUUUUGGUCUAACAAUGCUCACACGUCAUGGCAGCUCAAAAUACACCCCCGCUUCCUGCCAAACGUAACCCGAAGGAGCAACCAAUGACAUCCUUGUUCGCUAGUCACGUGGACAAUCCAUCCAAUGACCUAAUUUUAAGAAUGCAACAGCAAAUGUUUGACUUCUAUUCGAGUUUCUCGAAGACUAAGAAAAUCUCCUCAAACUCUGACCUCUCUGUGCGUAAUCCAGAUCAAGAUAUAGAUCUGCUGCUCUUAGGCAAAACCGGAAAUGGAAAAAGCGCUCUGGGAAACUCUAUCUUAAGAAGGGAUGUCUUUGAGAGCAAACCAUCAAUGGCGUCUGUGACAGUGGAUGUGACCUAUGAUGUAGACGAGUGUAACGGAGUUAAGAUUAAAGUCGUGGACGGACCUGGAGUUGGCGACACCAGACUUGACAAGGAAGAGGCAGUCAAAGAUAUUCUAGAGAAAAUAGCCAAGACUAUUUCCAUCAAUCCACAAGGAUAUCAUGCCUUUCUGCUUGUACUAAAAUACGGAACUCGCAUGACAGGCGAAGAACUGGAAGCAAUACAGUUCUUAAGGACAAUAUUUGGUGACCUUUUCUUUGGCAAAUUCUGUAUAAUCGUCAUGACCUACGGAGAUCUCUUUGAUGCCUCGAACUCGACUUUUCAAAAAUGGGUCGCAGAUCAAAAUUGUGCUAUUUUUAGAGAGCUGUUAAAACAAUGUAAUAACAGAAUAGUUCUCUUUGACAACAGAACUACUGACGAGUCCAAAAAGCAGACGCAACUGAAGAAACUAAUCACGAUGAUUCAUACACUUAAAAAAGACAAUUGUCGUUAUGCUGAUGAGCACUUUCAAUCAGCCCAAACGGCCAGGGAGGUGUUACUUCUUGAAGCUGAAAAAGAUUUGAUUUCUGAAGAUGUAAUGUCGGAAGCUAACCUGAUCUUUUUAAGAUUUCAGCAAAUAAUAAACAGCGUAGAGCCCGCUCUCUGCGCAGAAUCUCUCAGGGAAUUGUCAGACAGAGCUAACGCCCUAAUCUCAAAGAUAAAAGAGAAAGAUAAAGGUCUGGGAGUGUUGCAUGAGCUUGUGAGUCACGUGGUUUCUCUGGACACAACAAUCAAUGACGAAAUCAAACUAUCGGCUAAACUAGAAGAAGAAAGAGCCAGGUUGAGACAAAUCAUAGAGGACGAGGCGUUGUCUCACGCUCUUGUUUUAAAGAUGGAGCAGGAAGAGUUCAUGAAAGGACGAGCUCGAGAUGAAGAAUAUACCAAAAUUUUGGAGGGGAAGUUAGCGGAAAUGAAAGAAAAAGAGGAGACCUGGCGAAAGGAGCUUCAAAAGUUAGAAGAAAGUCUGAAAGCUCAAUGGAUUUUAGGGCAUAGAGAUUUGCAAGCUCUAGGGAACGAGAUACAGAAUCUGAAAGCAGCUCAAGUGAAGAAGAUGAACACAAAGAUCAAAGGUGGAAUAAUUGCAAAACUUAGAUCGAAACUUGUAAAAUCUAACGAGAAAGGUACAAUAAAAUAAACCAAAUGUAAUGCAUUCACAGUAGUUAUCUCACAUACCGAUGGUUUGUUAAAGAGACUUUGCAAAAAUACAUGUGUCUUUAGUUUUGUAACAUAUUUACGAGUCGCAUUUCAUUGUGAAUGUUACAAGGCGAAACGAAAAAGAUGAAAAAGAACAUAGUUUAAAGCUUCUCACAAGUCAUUUACCAGCAUCACAUGUAAAAUCCUAGAACACAUAAUAUGUAGCAACAUCAUAAACCACUUAGACAAACAUUAUGUCCUCACACCAUACCAACAUGGCUUUAGGAAAUAUAGAUCAUGUGAAACACAACUAAUAGGACUAAUUGAUGAUUUUUCAAAAGGUUUAGAUAAUAGUGAACAAAUAGAUGCUAUCUUACUAGAUUUUUCUAAGGCUUUUGACAAAGUUCACCACCAUAGUUUGCUUAAAAAAUUAAAAUAUUUCGGCAUUAAUGGUCCACUGCAUCAGUGGAUUAAAGACUUUCUGAUAGGGAGAGAACAAACUGUAAUAAUAAAUGGCUCUAAAUCAACACCGAUAACAGUAAACUCAGGUGUACCUCAAGGUACAGUCUUGGGUCCACUACUAUUUUUAAUUUACAUAAAUGAUUUACCAAAUUGCAUUAGUUCAGGAACAAAAGUCAGAUUAUUUGCAGACGAUUGCAUAAUAUAUAGAACAAUAAAAACAACACAAGACACAGAUAUUUUACAAAGAGAAUUAGAUGAAUUACAGAAAUGGGAAUCAAAUUGGAGCAUGUCUUUCCAACCAGAAAAAUGUCAGUUGUUAAGAGUAACAAAAAAACUAAAACAAAUUAAUUCCACUUAUCUUAUUCAUGGCAAACCAGUAUCACAGACUAAAAACGCAAAAUACCUAGGUGUUAUAAUAAAUGAAAAACUAUCAUGGAAUCCACAUAUUGAUGAAACUACAAAAAAAUCAAACAAAGCAUUAGGAUUUAUUAAAAGAAAUUUCUAUAAAUCAAAUAAGAACAUAAAACUAAAAUGUUACUUAACCUUGGUUAGGCCAAUAAUAGAAUAUGCAUCCUCCGUUUGGGACCCCUCAACUCAAGAAAACAUUAAGAAACUGGAACAGACACAAAAUAGAGCAGUGAGAUUCAUAACAAACGAAUAUUCACAUUUGACUAGAGUAACACCUUUAGUAAAAUCACUAAAUUUAGAAAGCCUUCAGGACAGAAGGCUCAAAAGUAAAGUAGCAAUCAUACAUAAAACACUGAAUCAUAAUCUUCAAAUACAAAAACAAAAUUUAAUAAAAUACUCUGAAAGACACAAAGAUAAAGGCACAUUCCUCGUCCCAUAUGCUAGGACAAAUUUGUACAAAUACUCCUUCUUCCCUAGUGCUAUUAGAGCAUGGAAUGGGUUGCCUGAGCUAGCCAGGAAAACCAGUGACUUGGCAGAAUUUAAGUCAUUGGUUAAUAUGCAUGACUAAAUGCAUGACGCGUAGGACGUAAUCAUCUUCUUUUUUGAAGUAACGUCUGUAUUAUAUAAGAUAAGAUAAGAUGAUUCAACCAUCAUGAUGCUUGCUUCAAAUACAUUUCCAAAAGAAGUAGCAAAAUACGUAUCAUUAUAAUAAUUAAAAUUUCAAGCAUGAGCCAAUCGUUACAGAAAUAUGACUUUCUAAUUCUACACUAUAGUUUGAUUUUCAACAACGAUUAUGUGGGGUUUUUUACGAGAGAUGAAUCAGGAACUAUUUGAUGAGAUCUUUUUGUUUUUUCGUUGUAUCUUUGGUUCAUCAACGUAUCAAUGUUUUUUUGUCUCUAAAAUAUCUAAUGUCAUCUCUGUGUUAUGUAUGUGUUUUGUCUUAAUGACAUUAUUUACGUAUAAUGUAUGCUUUGUCUUUAAAUUAGUCUGCUUUUUGUCUGUGUCAACUAUGUCUUUAAACUAGUCUACUUUAUCUCUGUGUCAACUAUAUCUAUAAAUUAGUCUACUUUAUCUCUGUG